UGCAAGCAAAUCUCAGUGCAGUGAAUUGCAGCAUGAUGAAGGGUGUAUGGGGAAUAAUCGCUGUCUUCCUUUUCUCCAAUGCUGUGUGGGCAAAAAAGAUGCGCUGGUGUAUAUUGUCUGAGCACGAGCGAAGGAAAUGUGCAGACCUGGCCAAAGCACUAGCAGCCACUUUUUCUCCAACGGCCACAUUGUACAGCCAGCUGUCAUGUGUGAAAGCUUUCAGCACUACUGACUGCCUCAGUAAGAUACGGAACAAUAAAGUUGACCUUGUGACUCUGGAUGCUGGAGAGGUCUACUCAGCAGUAAAGCAGUUUGGUCUUGCAGCAGUCGCCAAAGAGAUCUACCUUGAUGGCACAUGUACCCUGGCAGUGGCCGUAGUAAGAAGCGCAAGCUCAGUAGACAUCCGUUCCCUUAAGGGAACUACAAGCUGUCACAAUGGAGCUCGCUGGACUUCAGGCUGGAAUCUGCCUUUAGGGCAGCUGAUUUCACAAAACCUCCUUCCCUGGGCUGAAGGACAGCCCCUUAGUCUGGCUGUCAGUAACUUCUUCAAUGCCAGCUGUGUGCCUGGAGCUGGUACAAUGACAUUCAACAACCUAUGUUCCAGGUGCAAGGGUCAAAGGUCAUUUGUCCCACAGAGGAACUUUUUUUGUGAGACAUCUCAUAAUGAACCAUUCUACCAUAACCAAGGGGCACUCAGAUGCCUGAAAUCUGGAGCAGGAGAUGUGGCUUUUGUUGAUCAUGCAGCCCUGAACAGAAUAGAUGACAAGAUGAAGGAUGAAUACAGUUUAUUGUGCACAGAUGGCACUCGAGCUCCACUGAGAAGUUUCAGAACGUGCAAUUUAGGUCGUGGACCUGGAGGAGCCGUGGUUACACGGAUAAACAACCAAAACCUUGCUCGAAGGUUUUUAACAGCAAUUCAGACAGCGUUUGGCCGGAAAGGGACGGAGAAUCAACGUUUCCAACUUUUUGAUUCAUCAGUUUAUGGUGUGGGCGAUUUGCUGUUCAGAGACGUCACUGAUAAACUGAUCAUACUGCACCAAGGCACAGAUAUCAAUCAGGUUCUGGGGUUGGACUAUGUUGCUUUACUCAAGGGUUUAAGACAUGAAGGUAGCUCUCUGGAAGACAGUGUGGUGCGAUGGUGCUGUAUAAGUGAUGCUGAACAGGAAAAAUGUGAGCAGUGGGCUCUUAGCAUAAAGUCAGACCCUCUUGUAUGUGUCAGCGCUUCGUCAAUGAGUGACUGCAUUGAGAAAAUCAAGAGGAAUAAAGUGGAUGCUGUGUCCCUGGAUGCUACGCAUGCCUUUAUAGCAGGGAAAUGUGGUCUUGCACCUGUUGUGACUGAGUAUUAUGGCACUAAGUGUGAAUUCAGUGGAGGAGAACCUCUAGAGGCUAAAGACUUAUCAGUGUAUAGUGUGGCAAUGGCACGGCGCUCCAGUAAAAGUGUUUAUGUUGGGAAUCUCGGUGGUCGGCGCUCCUGCCAUGGUUAUAUAUACAGUCCUGCCGGCUGGCUUCUUCCUGUCCAGCGCACACUGAGUUCAGAAAAUAACAACAGCAUCUUCUGUGAGCCAAACCAAGUGUUCUCUAAGGUGUUUUGGAAGGGCUGUAUGCCAGGAGCCACAGGCAAUCUGUGUAAGGUGUGUGUUGGUGGGACAGAAGAUGCUGCCACCAAACGAUGCUCCAACAACCACAAUGAGCGUUACUAUGGAAAUAUGGGAGCUUUGAGGUGUCUUGUUGGAGACCCCAGUGGGAAAAGCUUUGGUGAUGUGGCAUUCAUGGAGCAUCACAACAUAGAGAGCAACAUUGAAUAUCUGAGCAGCAGUGGCUGGGCUAAUGGCUGGACUGCCAGUGAUUUUGAAUUGUUGUGUGCGGAUGGACAACGGGCAUCACUGACAGAAUGGAAGAACUGUAACCUGGGAGCCAUCCCGCCGAACAUUGUUAUGACCCGACCUGUACUGGCUGCUCGUAUCUAUGACUUCCUCAUUAAGUCGCAGGAGACACGUCCAGACUCUUCGUUCCGACUGUUUGAGUCGCAGCAGUAUGGUGAAAGUGAUCUGCUCUUUAAAGAUGCCACACGGUGUCUGGUCCACACUAAUCACAUGGACUAUCGCACCAUUCUGGGAGAGGAUUUCAUUUCACAGGCUGAAAGCAUCUUUAACUGCACACAUUCUGACAUUCUGCAGUUUUGCAACCGAGAUGUGUGCAGCAUAUUCUGAAUGUGACGACAUCAUAUGGCAUCAGGAGUGUUUCAUUUUAAAAUAUCUAAUGCUUAUUUAAUUACUCAAUCAUAUCUCUCAUUACUGCUGGGGCGUACUAUGUUACCAUUAAAACACUUUCCAUGCUUUUAUAGGAAUCUACUCAAUGCGUGGGUGGUCUGAUUUAGCCAGGCGCACAGUGAUCUGACCACCUGGAACUAUUUUCCAGCAACAGUACAUCCCAAAGUUUUUCAUUCUUCACAGAAUAUUAUUCAUUACACAGUUACAAAGUGCCAACCACUUAAAAAUGUAUUUAUUAAAUAGUAACAGGAUAGGCUUUAAGCAUCUAUAGUUAUUAAUGUGAAACAGAACAAGUUAUAUUCUCAUCAUUAGUUUUGCGUUUAAAUGUAACAAGACAAAAUACACAGCAUGUUCUAGAGAAACCAGCAAACACAAAAUUUCCUGUGUUCUGUUGUGGAAUAAUUACUAAAAAGUUUUGAAGUGCUGACACUUGGAAUUCCUCCCAUAAAUUCUGAAAAUGUUGAAUAAAAUGUAUCAAUUUCAAUAAUUGUUUUUUUCUUUUGUAAAUAAAAAAACCCAGUAUUAUUCA